UCAACCACGUGUUUGAACACUGAAUUGUGGUAAAACUUAAAAUGAUUUAAUGCAAUUAAAAUAUAUUAACGAAGUUUUUGGAAUCAUUUGAUUUUUAAAUAUGAAGACUUCGAAUCAAGAGCAAGCUACUCAUAGACCUGGUCCAGCAAAGCAAGAUAAUAAAAAACAUAAAACUGGACGCCAUAGAAGUAAAGGACUUCUUGAGGUUUUAAAAAAAGGCCGUACUGCACAAAAUGCAGCUAAAUCCAAAGCCAACCAUCAGUUAAGUCGGAUUGAAAGAAGAAAUCAGGCAAAACUUCAUCGUAAAAUAAAAACUGAUAAUGUGUUGAACGAAAAACGCCGUUCGUUGACUGUACCACAUUUAGUCGCUGUUAUUCCUCUAAGCAACAAUGUUUUCACCAAUGAAAAACUGAUGGAAAUAAUUGAUAUAUUGCAAAAGUCUGAUGUAAAAUUAACCACUAAAUGUGCCUCUGAAGGAUACUCACAUUUAUGGAUUGAUCAGUUUAGACAAGCGUUUACUUUUAUAAGGCCGGAUUGCAGUAGUGUUUUUGGAUUGUUAGAUGCUCUUAAAGUAGUGGAUACAAUAUUAUUUAUUGUUUCGGCUGAACGAGGAUUAGAUCAAGACGCUGAUUUGCUAAUGACUUGUAUAUUGGCACAAGGUUUGCCGUCUACGGUUGUAGCUCUGACAGAUCUUGAUAAAAUCCCACUUAAAAAACAAAAUGAAGUCAAGCAGUGUAUUCAAAAAGAUAUUGAAACAUGGUUACCCGACGAAAAAGUUGGAAAACUAGACACGUGUACUGACAUAUUAAAUAUUCUUAGACGUAUUGGCUCGCAGAAAAAGAGGUCAAUAACAUACAGAGAUAAAAGAGCACAUUUAUUAGCUGAAGAAUUGUCUUUUGUCACUGAAAAUGCUGAUGAUAAAGUUGGCACAAUGAAAGUUAGCGGGUUUUUACGCGGUCAAGCACUUUCAGUCAAUUCCUUGGUUCAUAUUCCCGGAUGGGGUGAUUUUCAAAUGAAUCAGAUAGAUUUAGCACCUAAUGAAUUUCUUGAAAACUUUACUGGAAAAAAAAUACAGCAAACUGUAUUAGAAGUUGCUGAUCCUAAAGUUCAAGAAUCCUUAAUCAGUGAAAAUAAUCCUGAUCCUAUGGAUGCCGAACAAACUUGGCCAACAGAAGAAGAAAUAAGAGAUGCCGAAGAUAAGGUAAAAAGUAAACGUAUGAUUAAACGUGUACCAGAAGGUAUGUCAAUUUAUCAAUCUGCAUGGAUUCCUGAUGAAGAAUCUGAUCACGACGACGAUUCAAAUUCAGAAUCUUCUGAAGGCUCGGACGACUUUUAUUCGAUACAAGAUGAAAAUUCUGAUUGUGAAAUGAAAAGUGUAGUUGAUGAUGAUAUGGAUACCAUGUCCGUAACUUCAGCUGUUUCGGAAGCCCCACUUGAAAUGGAUAAAUAUGACUUGCAAUUUGAUACUAAAGAAGAAGGAAAUUUACUUGCUAAAAUAAAAGAAGCAAAAGCUGAUCAAUUGUUUCCGGACGAAGUAGAUACACCAUUUGAUUUGCCAGCUAAAAUACGUUUUCAAAAAUAUAGAGGUCUGCAGUCGUUCCGAACUUCUCCUUGGGAUACUAAAGAAAAUUUGCCUAUUGAAUAUGGUAGAAUAUUUCAAUUUCAAAAUUUUGAUAGAACAAAAAAAAGAGUAUUCAAAAAUUUAGAAAACCAAACUGGAGCUUUACCUGAUUGGUUUAUUACCAUUUAUGUUAAAAAUGUUCCGUCUACUAUGUUUCAUUCGAGAGAUGGCAGAAAUCCUGUGGUAGUAUUUGGCCUACUACCGCAUGAGCAAAAAAUGUCUGUGUUAAAUGUGGUUUUAAAACGACCAUCAUCUGUAGAAUUUGAUGAGCCAAUAAAAUCCAAAUCGGAUUUGAUAUUUCAAUGUGGUUUUCGUAGGUUUACUGCACAACCAAUUUUUAGUCAACACACUAAUGGAAAUAAAUUCAAAUAUGAACGCUUUUUUCAUCAAGAUUCUAUUGUUGUUGCUACCAUGUUCGCACCAAUCGUCUUUCCACCUUGUUCAGUUUUAGCAAUGAAAUAUUGUAAAGACGGUUCGUAUCAAGUGAUAGGAAACGGAAAUGUGUUGUCUGUAAACCCGGACCGCAUAAUUGUUAAAAGAACAGUAUUAAGCGGCCAUCCAUUUAAAGUGCAUAAACGGUCAGCGGUUGUCCGAUUUAUGUUCUUCAAUAGAGAAGAUAUUGAGUGGUUUAAACCUGUGGAACUAAGAACUAAAUAUGGCAGAAGAGGACAUAUUAAAGAACCUCUAGGCACACAUGGGCAUAUGAAAUGUGGAUUCGACGGUCAAAUCAAAUCUCAAGACACAGUUUGCAUGAAUUUAUAUAAAAGAGUAUUUCCAAAAUGGACCUAUAAUGAGUUUUACAAUGUAACAAAAUAAAAAAUGUUUAAACUAAUAACCUACAUUCACGAUUAUCUAUUGUGUUCCA